UGCUUUGACAAUAUUCUAAUUUCCGUUUUUUUUAAAGAUUUUUGAUUGAUUUUGUUACAGCUUUAAUGUUACCAUUGGGAUUUAAAUGUUUGCGUUAAGAACGAAAAGCGAAAGUGGGGCUUUUUAUAAUGUAGUUUGGAGGUUCCAGUGAAGGGGAGGGGAAAUCUGCUCAUUUGCUAUUGGAACGUUACCACACGUCACUGAGACCACACAGCAUCAACUUCAAAACAUAUCGGAAAUACGGAGGAGUGGGGGGGAGUACUGUCGACGGCUAACAGCUAGCUACUUCACCAGCCAAGGGAUAAAAACAGCUCGUCUGAGCUGUGCUGGAGUAUCUGAUCCAGUUCCUGUCCAUCCAGUGAGCCUAAUGGCUGUCGGCCCAGGCAGCUGCUUGAGGUGUCUCGGAGCUGGGGAUUGCAUCAUUAUACAACAAUAGCAAUUGGAAUCAAAGUUCACCCUCCUAUUCCUCCAUCGCUUCCCCCAUUCCUUUUUCUCUCAGCCUGACUUUCGACACACACAACCCACUGACCACUCCUCCCACGCUAGUCAUGGUCCACUCCCCCUGUUUCUCCAGCCAGUCAGGAAGUGAGUCGAUGGAAGCUGUGUAAUCCUCUGUAAAGUAUAGGGCCUAUACGGCUGCAUAUGCUCCCUUUUGUCAUGGCGGCCGUUGUUGUUGUGGAGGCCUCUCUCAGGAGAGCACAUGAGGGAGAACAGAAGGCAGCAUAAAGCUCACAAAGGGAGGAAGAGUGAGCGAGCGAGUGAGAGAGAGAGGGACCCUGACGCUGCCAUUUAUUUGACUGGAGGAGAAUGAGCUUCACUGGGCCACGGAUGGACUUCAAUGGGGGUCAAACUACAUGAUGUGGGACUGGCAUUACCACCCAUCGGCAAUCACAAAUUGGACCGACAGUCCACUUUGGAGAUAUUUGCCACAUAGUGGCCUGCAGCAAGGAAUGCAGUGAAAUAGAGAAAAGUAGACAAGAACUUUUUUCUUGGUUUACAAUAUUUUUCUAUUUUUCCUCUCCUUGGUCUUUUUCAAUUGCAGCAUACCAAAAGUGCCUUUUUGUGUUACUUUUUGUCUAUUUUGUACGUAUCUAGCACUAUAUUAAUACUCGUUAUUGCCGCAUAUUAGUGCUUGUUACCUAAAUUACAGUAACUAUCACAUGUGUGUUGCUGGAUUUUUAGAAAAGGUACGUAGUAUAUUUGACUUUGUGUGUGGGACACAACACCAGGCUCCAUCAAAUACAUAGUUAACAGUCCUCACUUUUUAGAAGCUGAAAGUCAGGUUGCGCCAGAACGCGACUGUCUUCUCCAAACAUUUUGUUGCUUUGACGACGCAGAGCUGUCGCCAUGGUCAGUAUCCAGUCCAAAUGGCGCUACCUGUUCAUGUUCCUGGGCAUCCAGCUGGUGGUCAUGGCGCUGCUGUCCCGAGAGGGAUACCAGAAGAGGGUUUCCUACUUCAUCCGCAUCUUCCGCAAGCCUGACACCACUGGUUUGACAGGCCGCAACCACACAGCAGCAGGCAUCGCUGGAGGGGAUGUAUAUGCUAACCUCUCCCACCUAUCCAAAUCUUCUAGCCAUGGAGAUGGCAUGCCCUACUGCCCGAAGACGUCCCCUCUUAUAGGUGGGCCGAUACACGUCAGCUUUCCAUCAGGGCUCACUCUAGCAGAGGUUCAGAGGAAAAAUCCACUGGUGGUGCGCGGAGGACGCUACAGGCCGCCCGACUGUGAGGCGAGGCACCGAACAGCCAUCAUCAUUCCCCACAGAAACAGAGAACACCACCUUAAGUUCCUGCUAUACUACUUGCAUCCUUUUCUGCAGCGACAACAGCUCAACUAUGGAAUUUACGUCAUUCACCAGGCGGGAAACUACACUUUCAACAGGGCCAAGCUGAUGAAUGUGGGUUUCCGGGAGGCCAUGAAGGAGGAAGACUGGGACUGUCUCUUCUUCCACGAUGUGGACCUCAUUCCGGAGGACGAUCGCAACACAUACGUCUGCGACUCCAACCCCAAGCACGCGGCCAUCGCCAUGGACAAGUUUGGCUACAAGCUUCCGUACAAGAUGUACUUUGGAGGAGUGUCAGCUUUGACACCACUGCACUACCUUAAGAUGAACGGCUUUCCCAACAACUACUGGGGCUGGGGUGGAGAGGACGACGAUAUUGGAGUCAGAGUGUCUCUGGGGGGGAUGUAUAUCACUCGUCCAUCCCUGAAGGUCGGCCGUUACAAGAUGAUUAAACAUAAGUUGGACAAAGGCAAUGAUGUGAACCCAAAAAGGUUCAACAUGCUGGCCAAGACGCGUCAGACCUGGAAGUUGGAUGGGAUGAACACAGCUGAAUAUGAGACAAUCUCGCGGCAAUACAUGCCCCUCUACACCAACAUCACUGUCAACAUCGGCACUGAGGCCGGCCUACAUCCACAUCCACCUCCACCAACACCACAUGCCAAAGCUGCAGUCAAAGCACCUGUCGAAGUCCCAGCAAAAGGCUCAGCCAAACCCCCUGCCAAACUCAAAGAGAGCCACUCAGAGAAAAAGUCUACCCUAAGAGACCGCUAAUCAUGUUUCACUCUUCCAUAACUUCAAUGGGUUAAUCCCAUUCGUAAAUGCUGUAGGAUGGUGGUUUUCCUCCUCGAUCGCCUGGAAUUUUCUGCCCAUUUUAAGCUUUUUCUGCAGUUCGUGGAGGAAUUAGUUUGUGCAACAUCGUACUGCCUGCGGACAGUGGGGCACGCCUUUGGGUGAUGAAAACACCUGAUUUGUUGAAAAUGAAAACAAUUGACCUGGAUUUCUCAACUGUGAGGUGAUGGCUCUCCACCUUCCGGUUACAUCACUAAUUAUUCUUCUUCCAAGGGAGCCACAGUGAAGAGUGAAGGGUAAAAGUUGGACUCUAUGAGUUUAUAUAUCUACAGCGCUGUCGGCGCUGGUUAAACCUUGUGAUGCCUUAGAAGCUUGUUCUUUUUUUGUCUUUUCACUUAUUCCUUACAUUAUUUAGAAUAUUGAGUUUAAUAGAGCGGUAGCUGCAAUUUCCAGCAGUCACACUAAUUUUUUUCCAUCUCAGCGCCAAUGAAUUCAUGAGUGAAGGAGACUGCUCCCUGUUUCCAGUUGAGCGUGUGAAGCUGCUACAAUGAGUAAUGAAUGAAAGAACUCGACAGAUUUGUGUAUCACUCACAACAGCGCAAAUAUCCGAUAUGUCUGCUAAUGUCUGGGGUCAGAGAUGCUGAUCUAUAUCUGUUUGGUACAGUAUGUGUAUCAAAAGAUAGACUUAAUCUUUCUAAUGUUUUCAGUUAUGGAUGCUGUACACAUAAUUUAUGUUCAGUGGAAUUACCCGAGUGAAUGAGAGUAAAAUGAAAACAUUUUAGUUCUGUACGCCAAGACCAGGGUACAGUUCUUCUAUGUGGCAUUAGUGUGUUCAGUUCAGCCUUUAAAGCUUCAGCAUAUCCGAUAUUUACUUUUGAUAUCAACUUUCCUUUUUGGGUGUUUUUGCCUUUAUCAAAGAGAGCAGGUCUUGGUGAUGGUUAUCAGUCUUCUGCCUUCAGAUGAACUUUAUAUUCAUAUCAAAAUGGAGUCUGUCUUGCUUAACAUUUCUUCAUAUGUAUGUAACACUUGUAUAACACUUUAAAUGCAGUCAAUCUUUAUUAUGUAUCUUUUGCCCAUCUCCUGUCCUUAAUCUAUACAUAUUGUUGAGAAAUGAACUAGAAAAAGCAUUUGCUCUGCACAAAAGUAAAAAAAAAAGUCACUUCUGCAACAUCAUGUCUAGAAGUAGAGAUUAGUAAAUGCUUUUUUCCAGCUCACGGUACUGUAGCCAGAUUUAACCAUGUAGACAAACGGUAGCUUGAGCCCGAAGCACAACAUGACAAAUCUCCGUGAUUGCAGUUGAUGGGCAAUAUAAGUUGUUUUGCUGUUAUCACAAAAGAACAUUUAGCAUGUAUUUAAUUUUUUUUUUUCUUCAGUUCAAUUGAAGGAUUAUGUCUUUUGUUUGUGUUUUUGAAAAAUAUUCUGUGCCAUUUUCAUCCGAUUUGAUCAUUUAAAAAUCUACAAAAUCAUGUCUAAAUGCAUCGUCAAGUUGACAUAUAGAUGGUGUGAGGCUUCAACCCAACACCGGCAGUGUGUCAUUUUGUGAAAUUUGACUGAAAUCUGAGAUAUGUUCCCUUUAGCAAUGUUAUGCAAUUUAUAGACUAUAUAUAACGCAUAAAACAGUUUGUCACUUGGUGUAAUCUUCAAUAUUGACCCAGUUUCUCCACCAUGUGACUCUGAAAGUCAGUUCUUUAACAAGUCAUCAUGCAUAGACCUCUGCCAUUUCCUUUCCACUUGUGCCCGUAUACUGCAUGUCGACUCUGUGCCCUCCUCUUCACUUCUCUCCACUCUUGACAGAUUUGAUUGUAAACACGAGAAAAAAGAACCGGCCUCUUCCUCCAGUGAGAGUGAGAGUGGCUGUACUGGCAGGUGAACAGGCUAAAACCAAAGACAACUGCAUGGAAAGCUGUGAUGAUGGAUAAAACAUAGUGCGUGUGUGUACAGUAUACUUCUUAUGUCGUGAUUUCGGUAACACUUAGCAUCUUUUAGUUCUGGGUUCAAAGAAUCUCAAACCAACAUGUAUUCAGAUUUCCCAAAAUUUACAAACCACAGAUGAAGAAAACUUGAGGGAAUGAGAAUAGUUCAUGAUGAUCGAGUAAUUUCUUUUUAUUUUUUUUCAAACUCUGUACUGUAAACAUUUUUUAUCUUUGUGUCAUUGUGGUAAUCGUCUGCUGAAAUGGACGAGACGAGCUCUGAGAGUGGUUGCCUGUGAUUUUCAUAAAUAGACGACUAUAUACUGUAUUAUCCUUUUAUGUGAAUACAUGUUCAACUCCUAUGGCCUUAGCAACACACAAUACUAGUAUUUCAACACUUGGUCACUAAUACGAUAGCAUCUUUAUAUCAAGGCUAAAUAUGCAUGGCAACUGACCCAUUAGUGAGGGAAUGUACUGGGCAUAAUGUGGAGAUGAUACAUAUCAGUGCUUAUGUAGAAAAUAUGAAGCAUGCUGUGUUGUGAACUGGAAACUGUCUUUUGUGACUGUAAAUGCAAGUUUCCAUCUGCUCUGUUGUCACUAAAUCCCAAGAGUAGAGCAUUUUUUAACAAAAUGGUACAAAGGAAGCUUAUAUUCCUAAAGUCACAGCGUACAGUCUCUGUCAUUUACUCUUUACACUUGACCCGAUGUUUUGGGUUUUUUAUUUGAAGCUACUUAAUGUUUGAUUUGACUCCGUUCUGAUGUAGAUAAGCUCAGCAGCAAUAGAAAGCAGCCUUCACAGGGUAGUACUGAAGCAACCGAGGGCAAUGUGACUUUGUGGGUUAUUUCUGCUCUCUUUAUGAGUUCUGCACAGUCCAGAGUGGCCUUAAAUUCAUUAAUAAAGUGAUUAUUGAAAUGA